CGGAGUAUAAACAGCCGCCGUCAUGCUCGCCCGGAGCGAUGGCAUCGCCUAUGCCGCCUCCCUAGGCGAGGGAGACCAGUCGUUUCUUCGACAGGCGGGCACGCUUGCUCAGCGAAGACACAACCGCAAGGCGCCCAGGGCGCCGGACGGCCGCGGCGACGACGGCGACAGCGCCCGCGGCUACCCCUUUCCAGCGUCGUCCCCGGAUACGAAUCCUGUGCCGAGCUCCUCCUCGCCCUCUUCCGCUGCCGCGGCCGCAAUGGGCCUGCGGUCCAGUCCACCUUCGUCCGACGCCCUUUUCCAAGCGCGGCCCGCCUCGGACGUGUCCUCGUCCCCUGACAACGUCGGUCGCUCGCCCACCUCGUCGCUCGCCACCGCCGACGAGCACAGCUUCACCAGCGUGACGGCCUCUUCGCCCUUGGCCUCCUCUGACUCCGAUGCCUUCGCCGCGGCCGACGUGCCGCGCCCGCACCUGCCUCUGCGGAAGACAUCCGUCUCCAAGCUGCGCCAGAUGGCGGCGUCGCGGAGCUACGAGAACAGCCUGGUCGACGCCGACUCGCCCCGUCAAGGCCAGUUUCCUGACCGCACGUCGAGCCGCACCAACUCGCCGCGCCUGCGGAGGGACAUGCAGGCGCCUACCUCCGCUUAUACCACGUCCUCGUCGCCGAAAGCGUCCUAUCAUUCCCCAGCCGGCGUCCCCGUGCCUGCUGCGGCUCAGCCUCGUGGCAGGCCGCGAGGAAUGACCACGACGGCGCCGCGUCCCAUCGCCGACCUGGGCGGUCAGUAUCGCUCGCCCUCCAUCCCGGACCUUCGAGGCGCCGCCCGCGCCAACGUGUCGUCCACGUACAAGCCUGAGCGAGGUCCUGCCAGCAGAGACGUCAGCCUGACGUUCCGUGGCCCACCGCCGGUGCCGUGGAAGGAGAGCGACGAGGUGCGGGCCAGCUUUCGGUCCGCACUAACCAACGCUUCGUACGCCACCAACACGUCGUCGGGCUAUUACGAGCCCAGCGAGACGGACCGCACCAGCCUCGUCACUCGUUCGUCCUCGCUAAGCAACUACUCGAGGCGAAGGGCCAGCAUGGGGGAGUACGACGGGGGCGCGCGCCGAAACAACGACGAUGACGAUUUCGAUGCGUGCGAUUAUAUCAACAUGUAUGCCGACGGAUUCGACGACCAGGACGGCGACGACCACCACCACCACCAUCACCAUCACCACCAUCACCACCAACGUGAGUCGGACCGGCUAAGGCCAAAGCCCUCCAGGCCUUGUGCUGACGAUCCACCAGGCCGAACCAGCGUCAUCGAACCAGCUCGUUCAAGCCUCGUCGACCCAGCCAUUCAGGCACCGCUUCCCGAUCACAUCAAGCCUACUAGACCAUCCUCCUUUCAGAGCGCUCGCUCGCCCCACCUAGGCUGGGAGCCAAGGCCGGACUCGGUCCAGCAUCCUGACCUGGACGGCGACGCGCUUGCGAGCGCUCUCCAGGUGUCCAACGAUGACACCGACGCCUCGACCGGCUCACCAGCCGUCGUCCUUCGCUUUGAGAAGCCGACAGAGGCCACAGCAAAGUACGACAGCAAGUUCGACGAUGUUGUGCCCAUUCCGCGGUCUCCGCCUCUCCCCCAGUCUUCGCCGGGCUCGCCCGCGCUCAUGUCCCACCCCGUCAAUCCUGCAGACCCAGCCUCUCCUGCCUUUUCGCCUCUGGUAUCACCCCUCCGGCCGGAUGAUCCGUAUUCGCACCAGCCCGUCUCUCCGCUGUCCACGGUGGACUUCUCGACCCUGGAUGCACCUGCCGAAAAGCCAUCCCCGUUGAGCGGAGACGAAAGGAACGGGUUUUUUGAAUCGGCCCCGCAGAGUACCGCAAACGAUAGCUCGCCGCUGCCAUCUCAGGCUAAGGUGAGCGUGAGUGCCGGCGCCGGCGCCGGCGCAAGCGCACGCCUUCCGUCUGUCCCGGUACCACGUGACCGUUACGGCUUUAAGAAAGCCAGCCAGUACAUCACAGUCGAGCAAUACGACGCGUGGAACGCAAAGUACACCGACUAUCUUGAGCGGCGCCGCACCAAGUGGGAGAUUAUGAUGAUCCAAUGCGGCCUGCCCAUUCAGGAUCCGCUGCGCUUCCCGCCGCGCUCAGACAAGGUCAAGCGGUAUAUUCGCAAGGGCAUCCCGCCCGACUGGCGCGGUGCCUGCUGGUUCUGGUAUGCGGGCGGUCCGGCGCGCGUUGCUCAGAACCCUGGGCUGUACGAUCGUCUCGUCAGAGAGGCCGACGAGCCCGGCAAGCUUCAGGAAGCCGACCGCGAGAUCAUCGAGCGCGACCUGAACCGCACGUUCCCGGACAACAUCGAUUUCAAGCCUGACGUUGCGCCUGGCGCCAGCCCGGAAGGCGACGAGCUGCCCAUCAUUCGAUCUUUACGCCGCGUGCUGCAGGCCUUCGCCAUCCACAAUCCCAGCAUCGGCUACUGCCAGUCGCUCAACUUCCUCGCCGGCAUGCUGCUGCUCUUUCUCCGAGACGAGGAGAAGGCAUUUCACAUGCUCAACGUAGUCUGCAACGUUCAUCUUCCCGGCACGCACGCCAAGGUGCUCGAGGCCAGCGUCGACGUGGGCGUGCUCAUGACGUGCAUCCGGGACGCCAUGCCCCAGGUUUGGGCCAAGAUCGACGACGUCAACGACGGUGGCCGCGCUCCCAUCAAUCCGACGCGCCUGCCUACCGUGUCUCUCGCCACGACGGCCUGGUUCAUGUCCUGCUUCGUCGGUAACUUGCCCACCGAGACGGUGCUUCGCGUCUGGGACUGCUUCUUCUACGAGGGUUCCAAGACGUUGUUCCGCGUUGCGCUCGCCAUCUUCAAGACGGGCGAGUCAGAGAUUCGCAACGUCGCGCAGGACAUUGAGAUUUUUCAGGUCGUGCAGGCGAUCCCCCGUCGCUUGCUCGACGCCAACGCGCUGAUGGAGAGCUGCUACAAGCGCCGCAAUGGCUUUGGCCACCUGUCGCAAGACGUCAUCGACGCGAGGAGAAGAGAGCGCCGCGCCGCCCUGCAGACGGACCGCGAUAGAAAGAACGGGCAGGUCGAUCCAAGCCUUACGAACGACAUGCAGCGGCCGGCUUCGAGGGGCCGACGAGGCACGCUGAGCCGGGCCGCCAGUCGGGCGAGAGGUCUUAACCGGGCGAAGAGCAGAAAGAGGGAAGAGGCUGCCCAGGUGGAGCCCAUGCCCCCCACACCCGUUUCCGUUGUUGCGCCCCGCAACUAAACUGGGUGGGUUUGAAGCGUGGUGACGGUGAGCAGCUCUUCGCAAUCCCACACAAGACACGAGACGAAUCGCACAACGAAAGGCCAUUGUGCAUCUUCCAUCCACGAAUCCCAUCGAUGCCGAUUUUCCAUUUCUCUUCACUUUCCUCCGCUAAACAUCUUCCCGUCCGUUGUCAUGGCAAACGGUCAUCUUUCCUCUUAUUGUACACGACAUCAACCAUAUACCGAGACGACAGAACGGCCUGUGCCAAGCACAAAGAAGCUACUCCCUUCCCGCCCCCCCUCCUUUUUUUUUACUUCUCUCUCUAUAUGUCCAUGUCUACGUCCUCAUGUAUAUACAAACCAAAAAGUCUUUUUUUUUCCUUCUACCUUUUUCUUUGCAAGCUCCUUUACGCAUGGCAAGAGACGGAAAGCGAAACGGCACUGCGCGCAUAUAUGUACAUUUAUAUAUAUAUAUAUAUACCACCCCUCCCGCCCCCUCACAGACUUUGCGGUAACGAAUAUUCACCACGCGGGUGACUGUUUUCCACUUGGGGAUCUCGUCACUUUUUUUUGGGGGUGGAGGGUGGGGGGGGACUUUGCCCCGCUUAAUGCUCCUGGUUCUAAAUCGGAUUCAGGUACU